AUGUUGUUUCCCAUUCCCAAAACGACCGCCACUCCUAUGGAGGGAGAGGUGAAGAUCCCUUUGCUGUUUUUCGUUCAACGCAUUCAACGCCAUGCGUCAAGACUGAUCUACGAGGUCCCUUCCGAUGAAGAGGCCAUGACCCUAGUGGAUGACAAUUACAGUUCAGAUGCGUUGUUUGAAUGGAACUCUGAACGACUGGACCUGGACGGGUUCAAAAAGUUCGUGCAAGAGUGGCGCACUCGCUAUACCUUCCUGGACUUCGAGUUCCAUGAGGCGGUCGCCACGCCCGAUGUCAACGACGAAGAGGGUCGUGGGGGCACGAUUGGGUUCGCGGUGAAGGGGCGCGUGGUGUCCAAGGAUGAUGGGAAGAUGUACGGAGGAAAGGUCCAGUAA